AUGGGGUGGCCGCUGCAGGGCGAGCUGGUCGUGACCGCCGUCACAGAAGCGCACGGUUUUUACCUCCGCUUCGCCGGCGCGGUGCUCCGCUGGGGGGACCACAGAUCGUGGGAUAUCGGGCUCACGCGGGACGCGAUCUAUGGCACAUCGUACCGCGUGAAGCGGACAACGACGCCGACCCCGUGGGCGGCUCAGCGGCGCGACGCUGGCGGCCGCGCCUGGGGCGGGGCAUGGCACGAGCUGACCAGCGCCCUGACUCCAGAAAACGGAGUGCAGGUGGGCCCCGACGACACUGACCAGCCGAGAGACAGUCUACGCAACAAGCUCUGCGAGGCGGAGCCGCUCCGCGCCGUCAGCGCGCAGUCGGCCGCGCUCCUCGUGCUGCAGGCCGUCUCGCAGCGGGACCGCCGAAUAG